UAUUUCUCCAACAUUAUAAAACACUCCUAAACCCUCCUCUUGCUUUAAACCAACUUCUUCCCACAAAUAAAAUUAAGUAUACAAACUCUUUCAUAUUCAUCUCUUACUCUUAGAAACCAAAUAAAUUAAUGAUUCCGGCGGAAAUCACCGGAUAUUAUCAAUAUUUAUCGCCGGAAAACUUAGCAACACUCCCGGCGGAAUUCAACAUAAUAAAUAUGCCCUCAUCUCCAACAUCUUCCUAUUCCUUAACAUACUUAAAUGAUCUCAUCAACAACAACUACUCAUCAUCAUUCAUCCGUCAAGAUCUCAUGAUGAGCAACAACUCAACUUCCGAUGAAGAUCCUCAGCAUCAUCAUCAUCAGAGCAUCAUCAUAGUCGACGAGAGGAAACAGAGGAGGAUGCUUUCAAACAGAGAAUCCGCUAGGAGGUCGAGGAUGAGGAAACAGAGACAUCUUGAUGAACUCUGGUCUCAGGUGAUAAGGCUUCGCAACGAGAACAACUGUCUUAUUGAUAAGCUGAACCGUGUAUCGGAGACUCAAGAUAGCGUAUUGAAGGAGAAUUCUAAACUCAAAGAAGAAGCUUCUGAACUCCGACAACUUGUAUGUGAACUAAAAUCUAACAAGAACAGCGACGAUGACAACAACUUUGUAAGAAAGUUAUCGGAAUGAGAUUGUGGUUUCUUUGUAUCAAUAGAAAAGAUCAAGGGGUUUUGGGUUUUGGUUCUUUCUCGAAUAUAAAGUUGGUGAUGAUCAUAUAUUAGUAUAUUAUAUUGUAUGCAUACUAUAUAUAUUGAAGUUAGAUAAUAUAACUUAUAGUUCUUGAGCGUAUUUCUGUUAUCUACU